GCCGGGCAAGGGCUGUUGCACAUGCGCCUUGAGGGAAGAUGGCACCUGCCGGCUGCUGCUGCUGCUGCUGCUUCUGGGGCGGCGCUGUGGCCGCCGCGGGCGCCGCCCGGCGUGUCCUGCUGCUGCUGCUGCUGGGGGUCCUGUCCGCCGGGCCGCGGCCGGGCGCCCUGGCCACCGAGCACUAUUCGCCGCUCUCCCUGCUUAAGCAGGAGCUGCAGCACCGGCAGCAGCAGGAGGCCCCGGCGGGCGGCGGCGGCUGCAGCCCGCAGUCCGGGGACUGGGGGGACCAAUACUCUGCCGAGUGCGGCGAGUCAUCCUUUUUGAACUUCCACGACUCAGACUGCGAACCCAAGGGAUCACCACCCUGUGACUCCUUGCUUUCCCUCAACACUGAAAAGAUUCUGAGCCAGGCCAAGUCUAUUGCAGAACAGAAGAGAUUUCCAUUUGCCACUGAUAAUGACAGCACAAAUGAAGAGUUAGCUAUUGCUUACGUCUUGAUUGGCAGUGGUCUCUAUGAUGAAGCAAUACGGCAUUUUUCAACAAUGCUUCAGGAGGAGCCUGAUCUGGUUAGUGCAAUUUAUGGCCGAGGGAUAGCCUAUGGAAAGAAGGGACUACAUGACAUUAAGAAUGCUGAGCUUGCUCUGUUCGAACUGAGCCGAGUAAUUACCUUGGAACCAGAUCGUCCAGAGGUAUUUGAGCAGCGAGCAGAAAUUCUGUCCCCUCUGGGACGAAUUAAUGAAGCAGUGAAUGACCUCACUAAAGCUAUCCAACUGCAGCCUUCAGCACGGCUGUACAGACAUCGGGGAACCUUGUACUUCAUAUCAGAGGACUAUGCAACAGCCCAUGAAGACUUUCAGCAGUCCUUAGAACUGAACAAAAACCAGCCUAUAGCUAUGCUAUACAAAGGUUUAACUUUCUUUCACAGAGGACUUCUGAAGGAAGCUAUUGAAUCCUUCAAAGAAGCUUUGAAGCAGAAAGUUGAUUUUAUUGAUGCAUAUAAAAGUCUAGGGCAGGCGUAUAGAGAACUGGGCAAUUUUGAAGCAGCCACUGAGAGCUUUCAGAAGGCACUGUUGCUCAACCAAAAUCACGUGCAAACCCUCCAGCUCCGGGGAAUGAUGCUCUACCACCACGGCAGCUUACAGGAAGCCCUUAAGAACUUUAAGCGGUGUCUGCAGCUAGAGCCGUAUAACGAAGUGUGCCAGUAUAUGAAAGGGCUCAGCCACGUUGCCAUGGGACAGUUUUAUGAAGGGAUAAAAGCACAAACAAAAGUUAUGCUGAAUGAUCCUCUCCCAGGCCAGAAGGCUAGCCCUGAGUAUCUUAAAGUGAAGUAUCUCCGAGAGUAUUCUCGAUAUCUUCAUGCACACCUUGAUACCCCCCUUACGGAAUAUAACAUUGAUGUGGAUCUGCCUGGAAGCUUUAAGGACCACUGGGCUAAAAAUCUGCCUUUCCUCAUAGAAGACUAUGAAGAGCAGCCAGGGUUGCAACCCCACAUAAAAGAUGUGUUACAUCAGAAUUUUGAGAGUUAUAAGCCUGAAGUACAGGAGCUGAUUUGUGUGGCUGAUCGUUUGGGAUCCCUGAUGCAAUAUGAAACACCUGGUUUCCUGCCAAACAAGCGAAUACACAGAGCUAUGGGUUUGGCUGCAUUGGAGGUCAUGCAAGCCGUGCAGCGUACAUGGACCAACUCGAAAGUUCGAAUGAAUGGAAAGACACGGUUGAUGCAGUGGAGAGACAUGUUUGACAUUGCAGUUAAAUGGAGAAGGAUUGCUGACCCAGACCAGCCUGUGCUGUGGUUAGAUCAAAUGCCAGCACGAAGUCUUAGCAGAGGUUUUAACAACCACAUCAAUUUAAUCAGGGGUCAAGUGAUCAACAUGAGAUACCUGGAAUAUUUUGAGAAAAUACUUCAUUUUAUUAAAGAUAGAAUUCUUGUUUAUCAUGGAGCUAAUAAUCCUAAAGGAUUGCUGGAAGUUCGAGAAGCCCUGGAAAAGGUACACAAAGUAGAAGACCUUCUUCCAAUCAUGAAGCAGUUUAAUACUAAAACAAAGGAUGGGUUCACUGUGAACACGAAAGUUCCCAGCCUUAAAGACCAAGGGAAGGAAUAUGAUGGAUUCACAAUCACGAUUACAGGAGACAAAGUUGGCAAUAUAUUAUUUUCUGUGGAAACUCAAACCACGGAAGAAAGGACACAAUUAUAUCAUGCUGAAAUAGAUGCGCUUUAUAAAGAUUUGACAGCAAAAGGAAAAGUAUUGAUUCUUUCAUCAGAAUUUGGGGAGGCUGAUGCUGUCUGCAACUUAAUAUUAUCCUUAGUUUAUUACUUUUAUAAUUUGAUGCCACUCUCUCGAGGAUCCAGUGUGAUCGCUUACUCGGUCAUCGUGGGAGCGCUGAUGGCAAGUGGGAAAGAAGUAGCAGGAAAAAUUCCCAAAGGGAAGUUAGUAGACUUUGAAGCUAUGACAGCCCCUGGUUCAGAGGCCUUUAGCAAAGUCGCCAAAAGCUGGAUGAACUUGAAAAGACGCCUUUCAGUGCUCAUAGCACUUGAGAGCUAAGGAGUUCUCAGAUCAUCUAGUCAAGCUCCUGUAAUUUGCCAUCGAGGAAGCUGGGACAAAAAGAGGUUGAGUAGCUGCCCAAAGGUCACACAGGGAAUGCCACGGAGCUGGUGGUCAACCUAGGUAAACACCGUCAUUGAGCGAAAUGCACAAAAAUACUUCAGACAGCUCCCCUGACGGGACUUUGCUUGUUCAGCCUAAACAGCUCCUUCUGUGGCUCCUCCCACCUCUUCUUCAUACUCCUUAAAAUGAAAUAACUGUUCAUAGUUAAACAUAAUAGUCCACAAGUGGUCUGUCCAAUAAAAUCUUUUUACUGAAAUACAACACACAUAUGAAAAAUGCACAUGUGUGUGCACAUUGGUGAAUCUUCACAAACCUAACAUAACCAGCUUUGAGAUCAAGAAACAGAACAUUACCAGCACCCCAGAAUGUAUAUAAACAUAUGUUUAUAUGUGUAAAUAAAUAUACAUCACAUAUUUCACAUAAACACAGCAGACUACAGUAGCUCUCGAAGGCAACUUUGUCACACUGUUGACUCAAGUCAACUAAAAAUCUCUUAACUUCAGUCUUCCCUAGCAGCUGUGUCUGUUUAAUAAAGCUUUACCAUUUAAUCUUUUUACCUCCACCAAGUGUCAUCUAAUAUCAGUCCAUUCUUAUAGCUGUUUUCUUUUGUAUUAUGAAAUCUGAUUUUCAUCCAGUAUAUUAUCACCCUGUUUAUUUUGUGUCAGCCAUAAGUGAUUUCUGUUAAGAUUAAUCCAAUAAGAAAAAUCACCUUAUCUCAGGCUUACUCCAGCCUUUACACCUCCAAUCUUUUUUCCAGAAGCACUCCUAUCAUUAUAACAAUUGAUAUUAUAUUUCUGUUUGUGAUUUUAAAAAUUAUCAUCUAUGGACACUUCUAUUUUAAGAGCCUUAAAAGUAAAAUCUUGACUUCGUAAUCCUUUUAUUACAAGAACAUUUUCAUUAAAAUAAUCUUCAUUCUUCUGUUCCUAUGCUACUUGACCCUUCUACUUUCCCUUUCUGUAUCUGUUACAUUUCUUCUUGCUCUGCCUUCAGGGCAGCUUUAACCCAUACUCUGAUUUUGGUAAUGUGUAUGCAUAGGAGCACAGCUCUGGCCCUCCGAGUGAGAUGCUAGCUUGGCCAUUGAGCAGCCCAGUUCUGUGCUCUCCAUCCUUGGGAGACCAAGAAUAUUGAAAUUACAUGCUGGCACAUUCCUUCCAAAAAUUAUUUGAGCAACUGAAAUGCCUUAGAUAAGGGGGGGGGAAAACUUUUGUCAGAUUCUUCCCUUCAGAUAGUAUAAAUGCACUGGAUUCUUACAUAGUGAUGUGCCUUUUUCCAGUAGUCCAGAUUGUUUUUUUCUUUGCUUUGUUCCAAUUCAAGAGGUUCUCAUGAAUUAGCAUGGACUACGUGACAGUUGCACGAGAUAACUUUAGAUAUGCAGGUCUAGCCACAACACGUAAAGCAUGAUGCCAGUUCUUUACACUGGCAACCAAAUGGACAUCGAAUGCUAGAAUUGCA